AAACAAACUUUUUUACUUUUGUAAGUCCCUUUGUUUUGUUUUUUUAUUUUGGAAUGGAUAAUAUAAUAUCUGUUAUGUUCUACAAUAUGCAAAGUAGUUAAAAAGAAUAUGCAGUUUUAGAUAUAGCAUUUUAAACGAAACCAGAGUGCACUGACACCAACACACCCAUGGAGCGUGUUUGAGCGAGCGCCUGUGAUCGUGAUGGCGGCGGCGGAGAGCGGCAGCAGCGGCAGCAGCGACUCGUGCAGCACCGCGGAGGAGGAGCGCGUGCGGCGGCUCUUCCAGACGUGUGACGGGGACGGAGACGGCUACAUUAACCGGAAUGAUCUGCUGAUGGUCUGCCGGCAGCUGAACAUGGAGGAUUCGGUGGCAGAGAUCAUGGGGCAGCUCGGCGCAGACGAGCGAGGAAACAUCUCCUUCGAAGCCUUCACACGCUGCCGCAUGCAGCUGGUCAACGAGAUCCGCAAGGAGGAAGGACAGCUAUCGCUGCUCUCCAGCGACUCGGAGAAGAGGACACUUCAUGAACACGUGGCCUCCUGGCCCACCAGCAGCGAGAAUAGUCUAGGCGCUCGUGAGAGCUGGGAGUUUGAUUCUGGAGCUCGAGACUUACAGAGUCCAGACCUGCAGUCUCUGAGACAAGUGCAUCCUCCGCAGCAGAGCGCACCGUUACUCCAGAAACUUGUGGAUCAGCCCAGUGUUCUGGAGCCUUCGGCUGGACUUCACAAGCUCCUGUCCCAGCGUCCCUCCGGCCGCAGCGGGGCUCUGGGGGGGAGCUACCUGGAACUGGCCAAUACUGUGAGUCUGACCACUAUUUAA